AAAGAGAGAGAGAGAGAGAAAAAAAAAAAAAAAAAACCAACCCUCUGUUUCUUCUUUCCUGUUCUUCCCCGACAGUGUGGAAGAACAGAGAAAUGGGUUCCCGGGGGAGCAAGAAACAAGGGGCUACUCAAGUCACUCAGCCCAAGAGCAGAACAAAGGCAGGCCAUUGACCCGGAGAGGCAUUGAAGAGAGAGAGAGAGAGAGAGAGAGAGGCGAUUGCGAUGGGCAAUUGCUUAGCAGAUUGUCGUUGUACAACACACAAGGCCAUCACCUCGGAACCUGUCUGCGGAGCCAUACAUAUUCCCAUCACUAUCGGUGGCCGCUGGUCGACUCCUCUGAGACCGGUGGUUCUUCCACCCCAGAGAGAAAAGUUUCCACCCGUAGCUCUUCCCACUCCAAACUGUGAAGGUGACACACUCGCAUCUCCAAACUUGAAACCGUUCACGUAUCACGAACUCAAGAAUGCGACUAAAAACUUCCGGAAUCUUAUCGGGGAAGGAGGGUUUGGAUGUGUCUAUAAAGGUUGGAUCAAUCUGCAAACUCUUGGUGCUGCAAAGCCUGGGGCCGGGACAGUUGUUGCCGUUAAGAAGCUAAAGCCUGAGGGCUUUCAAGGCCACAAGGAGUGGUUGUCUGAGGUUAAAUAUUUAGGCCAACUUCAUCAUCCGAAUCUGGUCAGACUGAUCGGGUAUUGUCUGGAUGGGGAUAAGCGGCUCUUGGUCUACGAAUACAUGCCGAAAGGAAGUCUGGAGAAUCAUUUAUUUCGAAGAGGAGCUGAACCGCUUUCCUGGGCAGUAAGGAUGAAAGUUGCAAUAGGAGCUGCCAGAGGCCUGUCCUUUUUGCAUGAUUCCAAGCAGCAAGUGAUAUACCGCGAUUUCAAGGCUUCUAAUAUCCUCUUAGAUUUGGAAUACAAUGCGAAACUUUCUGAUUUUGGACUUGCAAAGGCAGGUCCUACGGGUGACCUGACCCAUGUUACUACUCAAGUAUUAGGCACACACGGUUAUGCUGCCCCUGAAUAUAUCGCUACAGGGAGGCUCUCAGUGAGGUGCGAUGUCUACAGUUUCGGAGUGGUUUUGCUAGAGCUGCUCUCGGGGCGGAGAGCUGUUGAUAAGACGAAAGUGGGCGUGGAGCAGAAUCUCGUGGACUGGGCAAAACCCUACUUGGGAGAUAGGCGGAAAUUGUUCCGAAUAAUGGACAUCACUUUAGAGGGUCAAUACCCUAAAAAAGGGGCUUUUAUGGCUGCAACUCUUGCCUGGGAGUGUCUAGGGGAUGCCAAACACCGACCUUCUAUGGCCGAAGUUUUGGCUUGUCUUGAGAAGAUACCUGUCCCGAAGGAGGGAGUGAAUCGCAUCAGUAAUUUUGAUAGACUUCAGCCCAUGUCAAUCCCGAGCCCAAGGUCUCCUCCUAGACGCCACCACCACCAUCAUCGAUCACCAUCUUCCACUGAUAGAACACCUAGAGCAACGUCCCCUUUUGCAACCCAAGUUAAAUCGCCGCUUUCGAAAUCUCCUCACGAGGACUGACCUUCUUGUUCCUUGUGUUCAAAGUAACUCAAAGUGUGUCCCCAUGACAGAUGCUUAGGUUUCUUGGGAAGCAAGUCUGCAUGCCGUUUGUUUGACCCCAUAAGAAGCAGAUGUAGAAUUUUAAGUCUCUUAAUCAUAGGAAAACCAGCAUAUAUACAUUGUUCGUCGGCUGAUGUAGAGUUUAUUCUGUUUGCUGUUGCUUUUGAAUUUGAACGCUUCUCGGGAUUCCCUAUCGAGAAGAAGAUGACUACAAGAACUGUUCUCUGCGCAUUUUUUAGGGAAAGGGGACUGUUAAUUGUGUAACUGUUUCUGUAACAUAAUUCAUUACUUUCAGUGGAAGGAAUGUAAUCUAAUCUCUCAGUAAUAGUUCUCUCGAUUUUCGAUUUUAA